AUGAGCCGCUCAAAGGCCAAGGACAAGAAUGCAGCAAAGGAGGAGCUGGAGUUUUGGUCUGAAAAAUUGCAGACCUCUAACAAGGUUGAGGAUCACCGCGAGGUUGUCGGCCAGAUACUUUCUGCGCUAUCUCUCGGGCGCGACGUCAGCAGCAUCUUUCCCCUUGUUUGCCGUUUUGCCGCAACCAAGGAUAUAAAGCUCAAGAAAGUCGUAUACCUUUUCGUCCUGAACUACCAUAAGAUGAAUCCGGACACCCCCGUGCAGGUAGGCUCUGUCUUGGAUAUGGACUCUCAAGACCGUGAGCAGGCUGUUAUUCGUGCCCUUGCAAUCCGUACUAUGGGGAACUUGUGCACCCAGGAGACCUUACAGGUCUUUACAAAUGCUAUUGGGCGGGCACUUGGUGACGCAGAUCCCUUUGUUCGUAAGACCGCCGCCACGGCUGUUGCCAAGAUCUAUAGGAUCUCUCCUGAGAUGGUUAUUCAAAUGAAUAUGCUGCUGAUUCUGAAGGAGCUUCUUUCAGACGGAAACCAGGCUGUAGUCGCCGCCGCCGCCUCGUCUCUUGUCAACGUGGCCACUCAGCUCUCGCCGGAGCAGCUUUACGGGAUCUUUGGUAUCCAGGACAUCGGCAUGCUAUUCAACUGGCAGGAGGUUCAGGCCCUUUUGACAGCCCUCACAUCAUCUACUGAAUGGUCGGCAAUGCACAUUUUAACAGCAAUUGCAAAUUAUGGACAACUGCCUCUGAACUAUGAAGAAGCAGAUGCGACCAUUCAACGUUUAGCAAACUUCCUUCGCCACAACAACCCGGCUGUCAGCCUUGUCACUAUCAACCUAGUCCUCAAGUACAUCUACGCCGACCCUCCCAUCCUUAAUACAGAGCAGUGCUACAAGGUGCAGGGUAUGUGUGUUGGGCCCCUUCUCUCCUUCGUUGGCUCUUCGACGUCCCCAGAGUCACAGUGGAUCGCUCUUCGUUGCCUGAGACUUGUGGCGUCUGCGUUCAUCAACCAGGAGCAGGAGAAUCCCUUUAGUAAGCAGAUCCGUCUCUUCUUUGUCAAGUAUAACGACCCUCUGUACAUCAAGCUUGAGAAGAUCGAGAUGCUUGCCCUUCUGGCGGACUCGCAGAACUGUCAGGAGGUCGUGAUGGAGCUCUCUGAGUAUGCUAGAGACGUUGACCCCCAGUUUGUCCGGGCUAGCAUCCGUGCACUGGGCACGGUUGCCAUCCGUGUCCCUGCGGCGGCCGAUCUAGCAGUUCAUCGCUUUGUUAAGCUUAUCACAGGCCAAAGCGGCGAGGAAGGAGAAUCCGAGCGAGAGACCCAGUACUAUAAGUUUCCCGACUAUGCUGCUCAGGAGCUUAUGGUCGCCACACAGCUUAUUUUCAGGCGAUACCCAGAGCGUUAUGAAGGCAUCAUUGGAAUCCUCUGUGAAACCAUCGUUACCCUCGAUGACCCUGACGCAAAGGCUGCGCUCAUUUGGAUCAUCGGAGAGUAUGCCAACCGUAUUGAGGGGUCGGAGGAGGUUAUUUCGGAUUUAGUUGGUCUGUCGCCUAUCUUAACCGCAACCGAGGAGGACUAUGAUCCUAACUUCAAGGGUUCAUUUCUGGAUGAGCCUGCCGUUGUGCAGCUUCAGUUUAUCACCUCUUGCACCAAGCUUUUCCUCCAUGUACCUACCAUUGAUACUCAGAGACUCUUGCAGCACACGCUCCAAUUGGCGACGGAAAGAGCAGAAUCACCCGACGUUCGUCAACGCGCUUCCUUCUAUUGGAGGCUCCUCGGUGUUGACCCGACUCUUCAGACGGCUAAAGGGGUGCUUUUCUCCCAGAAGGCUGCCCCACAGAUAACGGAUGGCAUGCCUGAUGCAAUUCGUGCUACACUCGUACGCGAGCUCGGUAGUGUUUCUUGCGUAAUGCGUGAGAUGAUCACAGAUACCGUUUAUAGCGGCCCUGACGUUGAGGAGGCCAUCCGUAUUCUGGACGCGGUUGGAACUAACAUCCAGGAGGUGAAUUAUGACGAGAUUGUGGGUGCGAAGACAGACACACUUUCCAGUACUCUUCCUCCUCCGCUGACCGCCGAGACUACUAUCUCAAGCAUUGCUACAUCAGAGGCGGCGGCUCUUCCUGCAGCAUUCGCCUCUGCACACACGAUUCCUAACGUGACUCUUCCAACAGCACCAGUUAGACAAGUCCAACCUGCUACCAAUCUGCCCGCCUUUGGCGCUCCAGUGACAGAUUUACUUAGUCAUGGCUCUGCAACCCCCGCAGCUCCGAUUACCCAGCCUCCAGCCCCUGACAAGCUGGCAUCGCUCAUUGGGGGUCCCAUUGCGGCAUCGGAGCCUGUUCCCGCUGCCGCGCCGGUUGCACCGACUGCACCUCCGGUCACCGAGCCAGCGCCAAGUUUCAAUGCAGCUUCGUUCAUAACUCCGAAAGUGGAGACGCCUGCGGUACCUGCUCCAGAGCACAAGCCAGAGCUUGUCAUGCCUCCGGCUGCCUCUCCACCCGUCGCGCCCCCCACAAGCACUCAGUUACUCGCUGCUUCUCUGCCCUACUUUUCUUCGGACUAUCCGUUUGCCACUGUGCAGAACGCCCCUAUCCGUGUUGUCAACGAUCACGGUGUCAUGGGGGUCUCUAUUUCCUGGACUCGCGAGAACCAAAAGCCUCUCCUUCUUCUAACAGUACACAACAAGGGCUCUGCUCCACUCACCAACUUGUUGAUCGGAUUUGCACCCAAUGGUCUUGGGAUUUCUCCCGUUUCUCCUCAGCUUUCAAUAGCUUCCGUGGAGCCUGGACAGAAGAGUAAUGGUGGGGAGCCUGUUCUCGUUCCCGUGCAAUUCAAGCAAGAUCCCAACACGCAGUUCAAUCAAGCCCGUCUUAGCCAGCCAGAUCCUCAGUGUACUGGCAAUCUAAAUCUUCUCACGUUCGCGAUAAAGUGCGAUGGUGCCCCAGGGCCCUGUCAGUUCCAAUGUAAGAUACCCAUUCAUGUCUUGGCCUCAGAGACCUCAAAUAUGCAUGGCCCGGACCGCAACCUGAUCAAUCCUACGCAAGCUGUGCAGCAGUUUAACAAGAACUGGGGCCUUGUCCAGGACAGCCUGGCUCACAGGGAUACUUCGUCGCUGACAUACGCCAACUUAGGGAUUUCAAGCAUUGAUGAGGUUGCUGCUGUGAUCGUUCGUAAGGCCAAAAGAGCAAACUUCAACCUCGUGGAAAUGCAGCCGACUAACGUUUCUCUUCUCAUGUCCAUCCCCCUUGCAGCAUAUCCGCAGAACCUCCCGGUGCUUAUUCGCGUGGGCUGGCGCGCAUCGGCUAAUGGUCAAGGUGUAGAUUUGUGUGCACUGAUGAAGAUACCCCCCAUCGGUGUAAUGUGCAUGGCAUAUGUGGCACAAAGCCUCAAGUUUUCCAUACUGAAGUAG